GAAACACGGAUUUCCACCCUUCUUUACCAGUUAAACCAGUAUCUCUGGAUAGGGCACACUCAAGUACUUCAACAGGUAGAGUCUCUGACCGCAAACUCUUUCGGUGCUCCUCUGAAAAUAAUCUCCCACCUUUUUUUUGUUUUGUUUGGUUCUCUCCGUUUAACCUCAAUUGAGUUUCCAGCCCUUUUGUUCGCUCUUCUUAUCACUUGGAAAAAGGUGAACCCUCGUGUUAUUUUUAUUUUAAUCUUUGCUUUAAUUGUAGUUUUUACCCUUGUGGUCCCUGAUGGCUUCGCACAGUGAUACUCUGGUGGUGUUCUUUGGGGCAACAGCUGGUGCAAAUGGGGGUAAACUGGGUUCGGAUGAGAGGGAAAUAAUUCUCUUGGUGUGGCAAAUUGUGGAUCUACAUGAAAAAAAGGUCGGUAAGCUUCACAGAUGUGUUGUCAAGCCGGACGCCUUGGAGCUGACGGAUCAGUGCUCGGAGGACACCGGCCUGACUGUGGACGACCUCGCCGAAGCAGAGCCGCUGGACAAAGUGCUGCAGCAGUUCCAGCAGUCGGUGUCAUCAGAAGUGAAAUGCCUCGGCAGGAGCUCUUUCACUCUUUGUGUCGACAGUCCCCACGUCAUCCGACAGGCCCUCCACCCAGAAGCUUCCAAAAAGAAUCUUGUCCUUCCUGAAUGUUUCUUCUCCUUUGUGGACGUGAAGAAGGAGUUUCACAAAUGCUGCCCCGAUGCCAGCUCUGUGCCGAAGCGCACACUCGCCUCCAUGUUGGAAUAUGUGGGUCUCCCUGCGGUGUCGGAGGAGUCCAUGGGGGAGAUGGAGGUGAGCAGCAUGGUGCAGCUGACGCUCCACCUCCUGGCUGAGCCCCACAACCACAAGUUCACCUGUGUUGAAACGGUGAAGUACAAGUUUGAUUCUGGCACCUGCAACAAGAUGGAGCCGGUUGAUAGUGAGACAGUGAUCCGAGCGCGAGGCCUCCCAUGGCAGUCUUCAGACCAAGACAUUGCUCGCUUCUUUAAAGGCCUCAGUAUUGCAAAGGGUGGCGUGGCCUUGUGUCUUAACGCUCAAGGCAGGAGGAACGGCGAGGCCUUAGUUCGUUUCAUCAACUCAGAGCACCGGGACUUGGCCUUAGAGCGCCACAAGCACCACAUGGGCAGCCGCUACAUCGAGGUGUACAAGGCCACAGGAGAGGAAUUCCUCAAGAUUGCUGGAGGUACAUCUAACGAGGUGGCCCAGUUCUUAUCCAAAGAGAACCAGGUUAUCAUCCGUAUGAGGGGGCUGCCGUUCACCGCCACGCCCCAGGAUGUGCUGUCCUUCCUCGGACCCGAGAGCCCAGUUACAGAUGAUGCCGAGGGUCUGCUCUUUGUCAAGUACCCUGACGGACGGCCCACCGGCGACGCCUUCGUGCUCUUCUCCUGUGAGGAGUACGCACAGAACGCCCUGAAGAGGCACAAGCAGAUCCUGGGGAAACGGUACAUCGAGCUGUUUCGCAGCACCGCAGCUGAGGUGCAACAGGUGCUGAACCGCUAUAUGUCCGCACCGCUCAUCUCCACCCUGCCCCCUUCGCCCAUCAUGCCUGUGCCGGUCCUCGCAUCGCCCCCCUACCUUCCAGCGGCCAGCAGCAGCAGAGACUGCGUCCGCCUGCGCGGCCUGCCCUACACGGCCGGCAUCGAGGACAUCCUCGAGUUCAUGGGAGAGCACACCGUGGACAUCAAACCCCACGGGGUCCACAUGGUCCUUAACCAACAGGGUCGGCCCUCUGGCGACGCUUUCAUCCAGAUGAAGUCCCCUGACAAGUCGUUUAUGGUGGCCCAGAAGUGCCAUAAAAAGACCAUGAAGGACCGCUACGUCGAGGUGUUCCAGUGCUCCACAGAAGAGAUGAGCAUUGUGCUGAUGGGAGGAACCCUGAACCGCAGCGGCCUCUCUCCUCCACCCUGCAAGCUGCCCUGUCUAUCUCCCCCCACAGCCUACGCCGCCUUCCCCACCCCGCCUUCCAUGCUCUCUGAGGCUGCCCUCUACCAGCCCCCCCUGCUGGCUGCCCCCAGACCCCAUCAGACCGUCGCACACAGCCCAGCUCACGCUCUGGCCUACUACCCCCCUCAGCCACACAUGUACAUGAAUAUGAACAUGAACUACACCGCCUACUAUCCCAGCCCUCCAGUCUCUCCUUCCACCGUUGGGUACUUUGCCGCCCCGCCGGGGUCGGUGGCAGCAGCGGUAGCAGCCCAAUCCCAUCCCGCUGCGGGCGCCGCGUCCUCUGGGCUGCCUCAACACGGCGCGCUGGUCAGGAUGCAGGGCCUGCCCUACAACACCGGAGUCAAGGACAUUCUAAGCUUCUUCCAGGGAUACCAGCUCCAGCCAGACGCCGUUCUCAUCUUGUACAACUUCAGCGGCCAGUGCAGCGGCGAGGCCUUGAUCACCUUCCAUAGUGAGGAAAUCGCCAGGCGGGCCGUAGCCGAGCGCUCCACCCAACCCUUCUACGGCCAGCAGGUCCACAUGGUCCUAUGUAACUGACCGAAAGCUCUUCCUCUCUUUCCUCCACCCCGUAAUUUAAGCUCACUUUGAGGUGCGCUCUCCUCGAAAGUGCCUCCAACUGCUUUUCCACUUGAUCCCUGUGCCACUUAAAACAUCUGUUGAACCUGUGCGAUUAUUAACAGAAAACUGACACUGCUGGCUGCAACGUUCCUGAAGCUGCUCUUUGAGUUUGGACAUCCACUGGUGAAGCAGCUGAAGUUGUUUAAGCUUAACGUUGGGUUCAUGACCCUGUGGAUGUGACGCGCAGCACUUCUGUGUGUGUGUGUGUGUGCCUGCUGUAAUAGUUGGUUAGACGGUGUAGGGCCUGGACAUGUAUAUUUAAAUGCUUUAUGUGUCCCCCUAUCCCCCUGUACAGAUGUUUGUCCUGAAAUGCUUGAGGCUGUACAAACUACUUCUGCACACAAUCUUUUUUUUUUUUUUUUUUUUUCCUGAAUCGUCACUCUUAACCACUAGAUUUUGACUUUUCAGAGUUCAUGAUCUUUUUGUGUUACCUCUAUGCAAACACAGAUGCGUGUAUGUGCAUGCGCAAUGAUUUAAGUUGAGGGUCACCAAAGGUUCAGUUAAUGAGAGAAAGAAGCCAUAUAAAGACCGACCGUACUUCUCAACUGUCAUGCAUUCAUUUGAACUGAGCCUCAGUGUUUAUUUAAAACUACAGCAACCCUCAGAUGUGUACAAACUACUUUUGGUGUGUAAAAAGCAUUUAUGUGUGACAUACUGCAUGUGAUCCUAUUUAGAUAUUUUCUAAGCACUACAAAUUUAUUUGUUCAAAAGAGCGACAGAGUGUCUUAAACAGAGUAGUAGGACAAGAUUCUAUUUUUAUUAAUCCCAUUUCUGUACAAUGUUUUCGGAGAUGAUGUUAUGAAACUUAAGGACAAAGUCAUAUCUUCAAGCCUUUUCUAAUGAUUGCUGCAGCCAUUAGAUCUUUUCUGUUUUGGUGUCCAGGCUACGAUCAGUCUAUAGCUGCUUUAAUUCCUGCUUAUGACCAGAAUACUGUGUAAAAGCUGCAUGAGUUUUUCUUGUGACAGGGCUGCUGACAGCUGUCUUAGUUUGUUCCAUCCUUUGCUGUGCCUACAUUACCCAGAGUGCAAUACUGGCCCGGACACUGCUCGGCCAACCUCUGGUGGCAGAGGAGAUAUUUGUUUCUUUUGUUGCAAGUUUGACACUUGUAUGAAUUUAGAUGUGUGUUAAGACCAAACAAUAAAUAAUGUUGACUAUG